AGGCGGGCGCCCCUACACGAUAUGCGAUCCUCAUGCGUAUUCUAUGUAGUAGACAAAUCCCGAUUUAAUUAGGGUUUUUCCCCAUCAUUCUCAAAAUUCUAUAAAUCGUCAAUGCACACAGCCUUAUCGCCCUCCUCCUCCUGCUCCUCUGCAUUAUCAUCGUCGUCGUCUUCUUCUUCUUCUUCUUCUUCUUCUUCUUCACUUGCAGCUGCAGCUAGGGUUCGACGCUCGUCCCCUCUCUCUUCGAGGCCGAUUCCUCGCUCUCUGGUCAACUUCCCGUCCGUUGCUUCCUCUCUCGCUCAACGAUCUCGUCGCGGCCUUCGUCAGAUCAGAGCCGUCUCCCCCGUAAUCGAGCCGUUCCGCCGAGAGAUCGGUAACAUGGUUUCAGAAAAUGCUUUCAAGGAAAUCUUUACCAGUCUUCCCAAGCCUGGAGGUGGCGAGUAUGGAAAGUUCUACAGCUUACCAGCUCUUAACGAUUCAAGGAUUGACCAGCUUCCCUACUCUAUUAGGAUUCUUCUGGAAUCUGCCAUACGGAAUUGUGACAAUUUCCAAGUUACUAAGGCUGAUGUGGAGAAGAUCAUUGAUUGGGAGAAUACUUCUCCAAAGCUAGUUGAAAUUCCCUUUAAGCCUGCUCGUGUUCUCUUACAGGAUUUCACUGGAGUCCCGGCUGUGGUGGACCUUGCUUGUAUGCGGGAUGCAAUGAACAGGCUUGGCAGUGACUCUAACAAGAUCAACCCCCUGGUUCCAGUAGAUCUUGUCAUUGAUCACUCAGUUCAGGUUGAUGUAGCGAGAAAUGAAAAUGCAGUGCAAGCAAAUAUGGAGCAUGAAUUUAGGAGAAACUAUGAGAGGUUUGCUUUUCUCAAGUGGGGUUCCACUGCCUUCCACAAUAUGCUUGUUGUUCCUCCUGGUUCUGGUAUUGUCCACCAGGUUAAUCUCGAAUACCUUGGGCGGGUUGUUUUUAACACAGAUGGCAUUCUUUACCCUGAUAGUGUGGUUGGAACUGAUUCCCAUACAACCAUGAUUGAUGGGCUGGGAGUUGCUGGCUGGGGAGUUGGAGGAAUUGAAGCUGAGGCAGCAAUGCUUGGCCAGCCAAUGAGCAUGGUUUUACCUGGUGUUGUUGGGUUCAAAUUAUCUGGAAAAUUGCGCAAUGGUGUCACAGCAACUGAUUUGGUUUUAACCGUAACGCAAAUGUUGAGGAAGCAUGGUGUUGUUGGCAAGUUUGUGGAAUUUUAUGGUGAGGGUAUGAGUGAGCUGUCAUUGGCUAACAGGGCAACUAUUGCGAAUAUGUCUCCCGAGUAUGGAGCAACCAUGGGUUUCUUCCCUGUUGAUCAUGUCACGUUACAGUACCUUAAAUUGACUGGAAGGAGUGAAGAAACUGUAUCAAUGAUUGAAGCUUAUUUGCGUGCAAACAAAAUGUUCGUUGACUACAAUGAGCCUCAACAGAAACGAGUAUAUUCAUCAUAUCUGGAGUUGGAUCUAGCAGAUGUAGAACCUUGUAUUUCAGGACCCAAAAGGCCACAUGAUCGAGUUCCUCUAAAAGACAUGAAAGCUGACUGGCAUUCAUGCCUUGAUAGCAGAGUUGGGUUCAAGGGCUUCGGUGUACCCAAGGAGCAACAGGAAAAAGUUGCAAACUUUUCAUUCCAUGGACAGCCUGCUGAGCUCAAGCAUGGUAGUGUUGUUAUUGCUGCCAUCACGAGCUGCACAAACACAUCAAACCCUAGUGUCAUGCUUGGUGCUGGUCUUGUAGCAAAGAAAGCCUGUGAGCUGGGUCUGGAGGUUAAGCCAUGGGUAAAAACAAGUCUGGCCCCAGGUUCUGGAGUGGUUACACAAUAUUUAUUGCAGAGUGACCUGCAAAAAUACUUAAAUCAGCAGGGCUUCCAUAUUGUUGGCUAUGGAUGCACAACCUGUAUAGGGAAUUCUGGGGAUCUUGAUGAAUCGGUUGCUUCUGCAAUUUCUGACAAUGAUAUUAUUGCAGCUGCUGUGCUUUCUGGAAAUCGGAACUUUGAAGGUCGUGUUCAUCCACUCACGAGAGCUAACUAUCUUGCUUCCCCUCCUUUAGUUGUAGCUUAUGCCCUUGCUGGCACGGUUGACAUUGACUUUGAGAAUGAGCCAAUUGGAACUGGAAAAGAUGGCAAAAGCAUAUACUUCAAGGAUAUCUGGCCUAGCAAUGAAGAAAUUGCAGAGGUGGUUCAAUCUAGUGUACUGCCCAAGAUGUUCAAGAGCACUUACGAGUCUAUCACAAAGGGCAACCCUAUGUGGAAUUCACUCUCAGUCCCAUCUUCAAGUCUGUAUGGUUGGGAUCCAAACUCAACCUACAUUCACGAACCCCCAUAUUUCAAAGAUAUGACAAUGAACCCACCAGGUCCUCAUGGAGUGAAGGAUGCCUACUGCUUACUCAACUGUGGUGACAGCAUUACAACUGAUCAUAUUUCUCCCGCUGGGAGCAUCCACAAGGACAGCCCUGCUGCUAAAUACCUGCUUGAGCGUGGGGUUGAUCGUAAGGACUUCAACUCCUAUGGUAGCCGCCGUGGCAAUGAUGAGUUGAUGGCAAGGGGCACCUUCGCCAAUAUCCGUCUUGUUAACAAGCUCUUGAAUGGUGAAGCUGGCCCAAAGACUAUUCACAUUCCAACAGGGGAGAAGCUAUAUGUAUUUGAUGCUGCAAUGAGGUACAAGUCUGCAGGGCAAGAGACCAUUGUUCUGGCAGGAGCAGAAUAUGGAAGUGGCAGUUCUCGGGACUGGGCUGCCAAGGGUCCAAUGCUACUGGGAGUGAAAGCUGUGAUUGCAAAAAGCUUUGAGAGAAUCCAUCGCAGCAACCUGGUCGGUAUGGGCGUUAUUCCUCUUUGCUUCAAACCUGGUCAGGAUGCCGACACUCUAGGGUUAACAGGUCAUGAGCGUUAUACCAUUGACCUUCCAAGUAAUGUCAGUCAGAUAAGGCCCGGUCAAGAUGUUACCGUGAGUACUGACAAUGGCAAGUCGUUCAGUUGCAUACUCCGCUUUGACACAGAGGUUGAAUUGGCCUAUUUUGAUCAUGGUGGAAUCCUUCCAUAUGCCCUUCGGAAUCUGAUUAAGCAGUGAAUUAUUAUCGAACACUUUUCGGACUGUUUUCAUAUCAUUCAGCUGUCGCCAUCAUGGUUCGCCGGAAACUGCCUUCUCGCAGAGAUACUUGUUCUCAACCGCCUUGCGAAGAAUUACUGGAUCUGUUGUGUCACGGAAAUAAAGUUACCAGUAAGGGAAAAAACCAUCGUCUUUUUUCAGGGGAAAAGGGUCCUUUCGAAUUAGGGAAAAGGGCAUAACACUUGAUAGGAGCAGCUUUUGCUUAUGCUAUUUGGCAGCAGAGCUGUUCUCCACUGUCAAUAAAUACUGGGGUUUGGUGUAUCCAAAAGUUUAGUUUAUGUUGGUGAAAGUAACUGCGUUGCGGUAUGAUGAUAAUAAUAACAAUGCUAGACGUUUGUUUUGAAUGAAUAAAUUCUUGAACCCAAAAUCAUCAUCA